UUCGUACCCUGGCGGACACAUUUUGAUGAAACGCACGAAGAUGUCAUCAUACGAUGCUAAUCGUUAGCUUAGUUUUUGCAUUUCUUGUAAAAGAUCAUAUGUCGUAGGUUAUAUUUUGACACUGCGACUACUUUGGUUCUCUGUAUUGUCCUGACACUUUAUGUGUCUGGUUUCAGACUGACACUGGAUAAGCGGCAUCGUUUACACCUCUGCACUAAUAAAUAAUCAAGUGCUAACAACAGUGACAGCAACUUAACUUGCAUGCGUCGGCCACCACUGUCAUUUCCAAACAGCUGAUAAACUGGAAAAAAAUCAUCUGUGGCAGAAGUCAUGGAGCUUCAGGCGGUGUUGAUGGCGGCUGGGGGAGGAUCUCGUAUGACGGAUUUGACAUACAACACCCCCAAAUCUUUGCUGCCCGUUGGCAACAAACCACUCAUGUGGUAUCCUCUGAACCUGCUGGAAAGAGUGGGCUUUGAAGAGGUCAUUGUGAUAACCACUAAAGAAGUCCAGAAAAUGAUGAGCACAGACUCGAAAAUGAAAGUGGAUGUCAAGAUGAAACUGGAUGUGGUUUGUAUCCAGGAAGACGGGGACAUGGGUACCGCUGAUGCUCUCAGGCACAUACAACAAAAGAUCAAGACAGAUGUCCUCGUAGUGAGUUGUGACCUGAUCACGGAUGUGGCGCUUCAUGAGGUGGUUGACCUGUUCAGAGCCCAUAAUGCAACGCUGGCCAUGUUGAUGAGCAAGACCCAUGAAUUUACAGAAACGGUUCCAGGGCAGAAGGGCAAGAAGAAGACAGCUGAGCAGAGGGACUUCGUUGGUGUGGACCACUCUGGGAAGAGACUGCUCUUCAUGGCCAAUGAGGCUGAUCUUGAGGAUGGGCUCUUGAUUAGGAAGUCCAUCAUGAAGAAACAUCCCAGGAUGCACAUCAAAACGGGGCUGGUGGACGCUCACCUCUACUGUUUGAAAAAGGCAGUGGUUGACUUUCUAGCAGAAAACAAGUCCAUUUCAUCGAUUCGAGGAGAGUUGGUACCAUAUUUGGUGCGCAAGCAGCUUUCCAAAGCAACAAAAAGUCAAACAGCAAAAGGCGACUUAGAGGAUCAGAGCCAGAAAAAGAAUGAUGGCGGCACAAACCAUGAGCUCUUCAUCUCAUCGAGGGAUGAAUCUCUUCUCCAGCUGGCGCAGGAGCGCUCAUGUUGGAAUGACCACAAGGGUGAUAUGAGUGAGGCUUACCAUGGAGGGAAGCUGCGCUGUUAUGUUCACAUCAUGGACCAGGGUCUGUGCUACCGCGUGAACACGCUGGCUGCUUACAUAGAGGCAAACAGACUGGCGCCAAAGUUGUUUGAGGAGCCAGCCGUCCACCCGUCUGCUGUUAUUGCUGAAAAAUGUCAGAUGGGAUCAGACAGCAUCAUCGGAGCUCUCUGCCAAGUGGCAGAUAAGACUUCCAUCAAAAGAUCCACCAUUGGAAACUCUACAACCAUUAAAGAAAAGGUGAAAGUUACCAACUCCAUCAUCAUGCAUGGAGUUACCAUCGAAGAAGGAUGUAACAUCCAGGGCAGUGUAAUCUGCAGUAAUGCAGUGAUUGGCAGAGGAGCUGACCUCAAAUACUGUCUGGUGGGUAAUGGACAGCGGAUCGAACCUGAAGUUGAGCGGACAAAUGAAGUUAUCGUCGGAACCGACCAACUUAUGGAGAUCUAGCUACUUACAAAGAAAGCAAGACACCGCCUCAUGAACUGACUCGAGCAGCAAAACCCAGCGAGCAUCUUCAGCUGACAGAUCAUUCAGAAACCUGGACACUGCUUAAAUAUUCACACUGUUUUUUUGUUUUUUUUUUGCCCAAAUAAAGACGGAUUGUCUUUAACUCAUAA